GAACUAGAAAAGCUGAAUGCUUUAGCUUCGGAGAUAAAUCGACAUGAGAAAAUAUUGGAUAAUGCAAGAAGUGAUUUCGAAAAAUCCCUUAAAGAAGGUACGAAGAAGUUAACUGAACUAGCACAAGAAUUAGGUAGCUGCAUUGCAAAAUCAAGGCCCUAUUAUGAAACAGCAGAAAGAGCAAAUGCGCUACAGCAUGAAUUCGAAAAAGCAUCACUAGCCUAUGAAACGGCAUCAACCGUACAUGAAGCAGCUCGCGAGAUGAUUGCAGUAGCUGAAGAAAACUUACUUAAUAGGUCAGAGUCUAGCUUUGAUGGAGCCUGGCAAGAUAUGGUCAACCAUGCUAAUAACAAGGUUAUUUCUACAUACAUCGCUAAAAGUUCAUAUACUACUAUUUAA